AUGCCCAAGAAGUUCAAGAAGAAUGCCUAUGCGAAGCCAGCGAGUACAGCCCAUCACACUCUGGCCUCCGGCGGUUCCCGCACCAAAGACCAUGAUCGCCUCCGCCCCUCGUCCACCUCCGAACAACAGCAACAACCACCACAGCCCUCCGUGAACGAGCUGAUCGACCACCUCCGCCGCACCCAAGUCACACGAACCCCCGACCAGAGACCCGAAAAUUCUUAUCAGUUCGUGGUCCCCCGCUCGGUCCACCCAUCGCUGCGCAAUCUCCUCGAGCUCCCCGAGACCCCGCCCCCGCGCCCGCGGCCAGGCUCGCGCCGCCACGCCGUCGUCGGCGCACGACGGGGCACGCGACGAACCGCCGCCGGACCACCCGCCCCUCAGAGCUGGCUCGUGGGGAACUACGGCCGCGAGGAAGAGAAUGAGGCAGUGGACGACGAUGACGCCGCGACGGAGACCCGCACCAUCUACCGACUGGAGGGGCGCCUGCCCGGGACGACGUUCCCCGCCAGAGGGAGCCUGCAGCAUACCGUGCUGAAGUCCAUGGCGCUCUACUGGGCGUGGCAUCUCGAGUACGACGGGCCGUUUCUCGCGGACCUGCCGAAUCAUGUCAAGGUCCGACUGCUCAGUUAUCUCGGUGUGUACACCCGGGACUAUCAGAUCCCGCCGGGGUUGGGGCUGCGGCCGUUGUUCCCUCGCUCUCAGCAGCAGCAGCAGCAGCAGCAGCAGUUGGAUGAUGACUUCGCGGCUGUUCACGAGCACAGCAGUGAGGCAGGCGCAGCGCACGAGAACGACGACGAAAUCACCCGCCUCGAUCUCAGCAGCGCCCUAGGCCGCUGGCUCACACUCAAGCAAAUCUCCAGCGAACUGCUCCUCACCACCAAACAAUCGACCUCUGCUAUCCAACCUACCCCCAACGAGCCAGCCUCCAGCCCCGCCGUCCCAUCCUCCUGGGAAGACGAAUACGACGACCACCAAACCCCACAGCCUAGUCCAUCCACACCCCUACCAACAACCCUCCUGCGCAUCCCGCGCUUCACCAACCUCCGGUACCUCUCCCUAGCCCAUCCGACCCCCGCCUCCGCGAACUGGAACAGCCUGAUCCCGCUCCUCGCGCGCCUCACGCGCAUCACCCACCUCUCGCUGGCCCACUGGCCCCUCCCCACCGCCACCCCGCACGCCCGCACCGCCACCGUCCGCCACCCGGCCUACCGCGCCCUCACCUUCGCCUAUGGCGGCACGGACGCCUACGCCGCCGCCGAGAACAACUGGGCCGAGGUCGCGGGCCUCCUGCGCCGGCUGUCGCGCGCGACCUACUGUCUGAAGUGGCUGGAUCUCGAGGGCUGCGGGGAGUGGAUCCCCGCGUUGAAUUGGGUCGGGCACGGCCCCGACGGCGAGGUGUAUCCCUCCGGUCCCGAGUGGAAUGGCUCCUGGCGCGACGUCGAGUUCAUCCGGUUGGGGGCCGGAUGGGUCCCUUCGCUGGAGGGGGAUGAUGAUCCUGCUACUGGCCAGCAGCAGCAGCAGCAGCAGCAGCGUGGGGAGAGGAGGACCCUGGCUGCGUCGAUGCAUGCCCCCCCUCCUCCUUCGCUGGAUGCUGACGGCGGCGAUGGUGAUGGUCUCCCCUGGGACGUCGAGGAGGAGAGGAUCAAGUACCGGCGCAUGAAGGAGGUGCAGCGGUACCGCCAGAUCGUCACGACGGCGAAGGAGGUGCAGAGGAACGUGCAGCGGGUCCGGAAGGAGGGCAAGGGGAAGUGGGUGACGUUCUCGUUUGGGUUGGAGGGGUUGGAGGACGAUGCGUUGAAGAGGUUGCUUGGGCCCCGAUGGUUGGAUCUGUUGCCUUGA